AGGAGGGGGUUUGGCUUGGGAAAAAUCUCGUUUUCCGCUGAGCUGUGCUUUAGAGUGAAGAGAAUAAAAGAGGAGGUGGUAAAGAGAUGGAACACGUCUUCAUGCUUCGUAUAACGCAACAGUACUCAGUCCAUUCAAAAUUCGCUGGCCCUUUCAACAUGGAGUCUGCGAUUAAUGUGCUGGUCAGCCAGUUCAAGGCUUAUGCUGGCAAAGAUGGCUCUUCACACACCCUCAGCAAAGAUGAAUUCCAAAGCCUCGUGGCGACACAGCUACCAAACCUUGUCAAGAAUGCCACUGAUCCAGCUGUGAUUGACCAUCUCAUGGGCUCAUUGGACGAGAACAAUGAUGGCGAACUGACUUUCAGUGAGUUCUGGCAGCUGAUUGGCAAGCUGGCGAGCAAGCACGCCGGCUACAGCCAAUAAGGUUACAGGAAAACGAUUUGAAAUAUGCCACUGAUGCUCAAGCAGGCAGGUCAAACAGAAACUUGGGACUUUCUGGAGUUUAGUUAACCAUUGGCCAAGUCAGAUGACACGAAAUAAAAGAAGUUAUUGUUUUAUUCCCAA